AUAGACAUGGUUGUCUCAGCCCAUACUCCUUGCUCCCGAGACUUGAAAGAUUUGAACAAUGGAGACUUCCUUAAGGCCCCAGCAGGGAUUGCUUCACUACAGUUUGGUCUCCCUCUCUUCUGGACUUCUGCAAAAUCCAGAGGGUUCUCCUUCCAUGACCUAGUGCAACUGAUGUGCAAAAAUCCUGCCAUUCUGAGCAGGCUGGAAGACCGUAAAGGAUCACUUGGCCCUGGGAUGGAUGCAGACCUGGUGAUCUGGAAUCCAGAAAAGGAGUUUGAGGUGAAUAAAAACAUAAUUCAUCACAAGGAUAAGCAGGCAAAAACCAACAAGCAAAAUACCACCAGGAGGGGUGAGCACAGCCGUCGGCUUUCAACAUUCCUUGCCUUUUUGCAGCCUUGACAUUUAUGGGCUAUUCAGUCUUUAUCUUUUCCAGGUCAGAAGUUACUGGGUCAGAGGAUCUGCCUCAUACAAAUUUAAAUAAGGACUGGCCCUAGUAGGCACUCAACAGGACGCAUGUCUAUGCUGAAGGAGUCUAAAUCAUUUUCACAUCUGGUAUCUUAGAUUAUUUAUUAGUUUCAUGGCCCUAACCUCAAGCUCAGAGUCAGAGGAGAAUGAGCUGGCUGAGGCCAGGACUGCUGCACCACCAGGUUCCCUGGAAGUGAACCUGAGGCUAGUGGAACCUACAGAACCUGAGCCAGAACCCUCACAGAUGCCUUUUGCCAAGUCCCAUUUGCCUGAAGAGUCAAGUACUUUCUCUACAGGCCUACCCAACAAAAUUCACCAGGCCAGCAAGCCACAGAAGAGAAAAGAAGUGCUCCAGGUUAGGAAGUUGGCCCUUUAAGGAUACCUACUCUUUGGGCAUGGAGCUUGAGAAAGGUAAACUGGAUGGAGGGGUUCAUAAGGCCUCAAUUCACCUCUAGUCUUUUUGUUCACUUGGAGCUUUCUACACCCCUGCAUCUAUUUUGCCUUGUGAAUAUCUGCUAUGGACAGAUCAGAACCACCAUAAACAAAAACACAUUUACCCAAAGACCUUUGAUUCUGCAUUCUAUUUAUCCUUACUUUUCUCUCUCUCUCUCCCCCCCCCCU